ACCUUUGACUCCAAGAAAUCUAAAGUCACUACAAAGAGCCGUUCCGAACUCCUUUCUUUCAUCACAAAAACAACGAGCUUAAGAAAAAGAAACUAUGGCAAGUUCUAACCAAGAGUGGCUACAGUAUUACGAUCAAAUCACCGACAAGCAUGAUGAUCACCAUCAAGCUCACGCCGGUGAUUCUAGUACGCCGUCGAAGCCAAUCCGGAGACGAUCUAGGGCUUCGAAGAAGACGCCGACAACCCUUCUCAACGCCAACGCUAAGAACUUCCGAGCCUUGGUUCAGAAGUUCACCGGCUGUCCCAACAACUCCAAUAUUUCACUUGUCAACCAGAAAGGCCCUGUGAACUUGAACUUCGGACUCAAAAACGCAACUCCGAUCGCCGAACCUUUCCGAAACCAGUCGUCUCAGCCGGAGCUGGAGGUCCCACCACAGAAUCAUCAACGGCAACAACAACAACAACGAUCUUAUUUCCAAGAGAACAAUAAUUAUAAUAUGGAACAAGACCACCAAAGUGCGUACUCAUCUCUUAACAGUACAAUGACUAGUGAUGUUUUCUUCAAUCAAAUAGCCUCCAUGAACGCUAGUAGUGUUACGGAGAUGUACUCCAACGGCUUUGUCACGGACAAAGAUCUCUCUGUCAAUGAAUUUUCGCAUUCAGGAUUCAUUUUCGACUGAGUAUAGUCUUCUGCUUGUUUUGAACGGGGAAUACAAAAUGGAGGAUUAGGUUUUUCUUACAAAAGAAUCUAAAUCUCUUUCUACUCAAAAUACUCCAUGGGCAGAAACAAUAAUAAUGCAGCUGUUUGAUUAAUUGCUUUAUAGUACUUGAAUCGAAUUAUUAUAUAUUUUGGUUAUUAAUAAAUUCUGUCAUUCAUGCAUGUUAUGUACAGUUGCAUAUUACUA